CCCAGGUCGAAGGGCACCUGUGUAAAGUGGCUGGCGGUUCCAGUUGUUCUACCUCGGGGAGUGGUUAGUGGAGGCACAAACUCUCCCUACACUUCUCCAUGAGUUUCCUAAUAGACUCCAGCAUCAUGAUUACCUCCCAGAUACUUUUCUUUGGAUUUGGGUGGCUUUUCUUCAUGCGCCAACUGUUUAAGGACUAUGAGGUGCGUCAAUAUGUCGUACAGGUGAUCUUCUCGGUGACUUUUGCAUUUUCUUGCACCAUGUUUGAGCUCAUCAUCUUUGAAAUCUUAGGAGUAUUGAAUAGCAGCUCCCGUUAUUUCCACUGGAAAAUUAACCUGUGCGUAAUUCUGCUGAUCCUGGUUUUCAUGGUGCCUUUUUAUAUUGGCUAUUUUAUUGUGAGCAACAUCCGACUGUUGCAUAAACAGCGACUGCUUUUUUCCUGUCUCUUAUGGUUGACAUUUAUGUAUUUCUUCUGGAAACUAGGAGAUCCAUUUCCAAUUCUCAGCCCAAAACAUGGAAUCUUGUCCAUAGAGCAGCUCAUCAGCCGGGUAGGUGUGAUUGGUGUGACUCUCAUGGCUCUUCUUUCUGGAUUCGGUGCUGUCAACUGCCCAUACACUUACAUGUCCUACUUCCUCAGGAAUGUGACUGACAUAGAUAUUCUAGCCCUGGAACGGCGACUGCUCCAAACCAUGGAUAUGAUAAUAAGCAAAAAGAAAAGAAUGGCAAUGACACGGAGAACUAUGUUCCAGAAGGGGGAGGUACAUAACAAACCAUCAGGAUUCUGGGGAAUGAUAAAGAGUGUUACCACUUCAGCCCCAGGAAGUGAAAAUCUUACUCUUAUUCAGCAGGAAGUGGAUGCUUUGGAAGAACUAAGCAGACAGCUUUUUCUGGAAACAGCUGAUCUAUAUGCUACCAAGGAGAGAAUAGAAUACUCCAAAACUUUCAAGGGGAAAUAUUUUAAUUUUCUGGGUUACUUUUUCUCUAUUUACUGUGUUUGGAAAAUUUUCAUGGCAACCAUUAAUAUUGUUUUUGACCGAGUUGGGAAAACUGAUCCUGUCACAAGAGGCAUUGAGAUCACUGUGAAUUAUCUGGGGAUUCAAUUUGAUGUGAAGUUCUGGUCCCAACACAUUUCCUUUAUUCUUGUUGGAAUAAUUAUUGUAACAUCUAUCAGAGGAUUGCUAAUCACUCUUACCAAGUUCUUUUAUGCCAUCUCUAGCAGUAAGUCCUCCAAUGUCAUUGUCCUGCUAUUAGCACAGAUAAUGGGCAUGUACUUUGUCUCAUCUGUGCUGCUGAUCCGAAUGAGCAUGCCCCUAGAAUACCGCACCAUAAUCACUGAAGUCCUUGGAGAACUGCAGUUCAACUUCUACCACCGUUGGUUCGAUGUGAUCUUCCUAGUCAGUGCUCUCUCGAGCAUACUCUUCCUCUAUUUGGCUCACAAACAGGCACCAGAGAAGCAUAUGACACCUUGAACUCAUGCCUGUUACAGACUGCUAACAGGCCAGUGGUGUCAGAAUUUGGAUAUAAGAAGAGAAAAAAAUGGAGCUGACCUGGGCCUAAUAUUUUUUAAGCAAACAAAAUGCUGUUGUAGCAUAUUCUACCUCCAGCUUAUGCCUUCUACCUCAGAUGAUACUGUCAUCAUGAGUAGCAUCAGCUAGAGCAUGAGAGAGUGAGGUAGCUGAAUCUACUACUCAGCUGAAAGGUUCCUGUGUUGAUUUGAGACUGGUGUAGCAUGGGGAAGUAGUAGUGGAAAAGAGUCAAGAAACUAGGGGUAGGGAAAUACACUGGAACUGUGGGGUAAGAGAAGUCUAUGGUAGCUGGGCCAAAUAUGUAGGGUUUCUGUUAAGGUCAAGAUUCACAUGGAGAAGGUUUUGGCUUUCCCUUGAGAUUAACUGUCAUUAAAAUCAGAGACUGUAACUCUUUGGCCUUAGCUUAUUUUAUCAGGAAUAGCUUGGUAUGUGCUUGCUGAUGUUGCUCAGUGGAUUGAGUGUUGGCCUGUGAACUGAAAUGUCACUGGUUCAAUUCCCAGUCAGGGCACAUGCCUGGGUUGCAGACCAGGUCCCCAGUGGGAAACGCGUGAAAGGCAACCACACAUUGAUCUUUCUCUCCCUCCUUCUCCCUCCCUUCCCCUCUCUAUAAAAAGAAAUAAAUAAAAAUCUUUAAAAAAAUAGCUUGGUAUUUUGCUGCUAUGGUCUAACAUGAGUUAGCAUUCCACUCCUCCUUCCCCAACCCUUGCCCCAUUAAAAUAACUAAGAGGUUAUCUCUUCUUUUCUGGGGACAGGAUAGGGUGCAAUUGAAAUAGAUUCUACCAAACAGAUUUCAAGUAUGCCAUUUUUCUUGAUUUCCUUUGAACUUAGUAUUAUUUAAGAGUGAACUACUCCAUGUUCAUCAUCAGUAAUGAUGUCUCCUUUCCCCCACGCCCCCCACCUGCUCCUCAUGGUGUGAGCAAAGCAGUGAAUAUAACUGCACAUUGGAUUAAGUCACUUUCCUGUCCUAGGAGUCAAUUUUUUUUAUCUGUGAAAAGAUGUUGGAAAAUGUGUAGAAUACUCAGAAAUGCGAUUUAAGAAAAUCCUGAAUUUUACUACCAGAAAGUCUCUGUUUUAUUACUAAGAUCUUAUUCUGAAUUUUGUUUUGGGUUUCUAGAGGCAAAACAAAGCAUAAAAAAUUUACCAAAAACAAAAGUACUAUUAAGAUUAGAUCAACUAACA